ACACAAAGAGACCCCUGCGCAUACACCUUCCAAGGGCAAGACGAAGCCCGGACUGAACCAUGCCAAUCAUGGACAACCGCCAGGGGACUACGAGCACAGCCACGGCUACGGGCGCGGUGGACACGGGAGGAAGUACGAAAAAUGGGCGUGAGAAGAUGCCGGAACAGAGUAACGACUACCGCGUGGUGGUGUUCGGGGCAGGAGGCGUCGGCAAGUCCUCCUUGGUCCUGCGGUUCGUCAAGGGCACCUUCAGGGAGUCUUACAUCCCCACCAUCGAAGACACGUAUCGCCAAGUGAUCAGCUGCAACAAAAACAUCUGCACGCUGCAGAUCACCGACACGACGGGCUCGCACCAGUUCCCGGCCAUGCAGCGCCUCUCCAUCAGCAAGGGCCACGCCUUCAUUCUCGUGUACUCCAUCACGAGCCGCCAGAGCCUGGAGGAGCUGAGGCCGAUCUGGGAGGUCAUCCGGGAGAUCAAGGGCAACGAGAUGGAGUUCCCGAUCAUGCUGGUGGGGAACAAGUGCGACGAGAGCGACGCCCGGGAGGUGCAGAGCUCGUACGGGGAGGCGCAGGCGAAGGCGUGGAAGUGCAACUUCAUGGAGACCUCGGCCAAGACCAACCACAACGUGAAGGAGCUGUUCCAGGAGCUCCUCAACAUGGAGAAGAACAGAAAUAUGUCGCUGCAGCUGGACGGCAAGAAGAACAAAUCGCAAAAGGGCACACGCAAGAUUAAAGAGAAGUGUCUCGUGAUGUGAGAAGGCCCGGGCGGGUGCUCGCGGAGGCCGAGAGGUUGCUGUGGCCUAACUGUGAUGUUCCAAGUUCAGAUUCCACGGACGCUCUACCGCGCACCUCCUCCCCCCGUCGGGCGAUUCACUGUGAACGUUGCUAUAUUUUGGUGUUAAAAAUGUUCCGCGGUGGAGUUCUGUGUAACGUGUGAAGGUCACAGAUCAGUCUAACCAUUUAGACGUCAACGUGUCAUAAUAUUCUCAGCACAAUUUACAAGGCAAUACUUUAAGAUAAAUAAUGAAAAAAAAGUUACUUGACAUAAUAUGUAAUGAUCCGGUUCGAUCACCAAAAAGGGUGAAGUAUGUUAUGUACCUGUUUUGUUUAUACCAAAGAGCAUGGACUAGUCAUACACUGUUAUAUGUGCUUCAUAGGGACCAGUUCCGUUGCACACUUCCCAGGCAUGAUGGACUGUACAGUAAUGGUUCCCUUCCGUUGUUAAGACGGCAUUUAGACUAUACUUUAAAAUCUUUACUAUACUACAAUGGCAACGAUCCUCGACAAACGUGAUUUUGACACUCUUUCGUCCCCCAAUAAAAGAGUUUCGUGAUAGCUAGACGAUAUUAGGAUAGCUACAAAGUCAGGAUAGUUAACGUUGUUUAUACUAUUAUUCAGGUUUCUGUGUGACUGUUCUCCCUUAACACAUUUCCCCCCCCCCCCAACCCCCUAGUCUCGAUAGAUGAACUCUAGCCACCCCCUGUUCUGACGAGAUGUACCUUCUGAUGGACUUCGGGCUGCAAUCAUCUUGACUUCAGUACCGGUACUGUUUCAGCUUGGUUGGCUUGAGUGCCCGCUGGUUUUUCCAUUUGCGGAGUGUGGAUACUACCUUUUAUCCUGUUAAAUAUGUGUAUAAUUUAGCACUAAUUUUAGAUCUUUUAAUAGUAAUAACACAUUGUAUACAGAGUCAAGUGAUCAAGUGAUUUGUAACCAGAAUCAAACAUGAAGCUAUCCAGAUACAAGUCAACAUCACUGUUGUAUAUAUAUAUAGGUGCUCCCUUGACACCCGCGCUCGAGAUGUAUUUUAUCACGCCGCAGCACCGCCGCCGUCGCCCUUCCUUCCGCCUGGCGAAUAGCUCCCUCAACACGUACAGGGCACACUCACUCGUUCUGUUAAACACCAAGUUUGAAACAUGUAGAAAAAGAGGAAGAUAUAUAUGUGUGAAGAAAAAAGGCGAUAAUGGCCAUUUGAAAAAUAAAAUAAAAUAUAUAUGUUAGGGGGGGCGGAGCAUUACAAAGCUUCCUGGUAGAGCGAAGUUCUUCCAUUGUGGAUAUCUUUUUCAUGCGAGUGGAUCGUUAUUCAUCUAAUACUGAGGUGACUGUCGAUUAACGUUAAAUCCACUCUUAGAACACCGAAUACUUCCAGUGUUAAAUUUCUACAACGAUUAACUAGUCCUGUAAUGGCUAACUACUUAUUAGAAAUCACAAGACAGCAACUUGUCUGAUACUCUUAUGAUAAAUCAUAAUAAUCGAAACUCACAAAAUGUAGGUUAUUCUUUAAAUGACAAGGAAAUCUGAUAGAGAAUUUGAUGGUAGUAGUAACUGUGCUCCAUAAAGGAAUUGGGAACAAAUUGUCUCUGAAAGUUAUAUAUUUUUUAUGGGAAUAUAAUGUUACUUUUAAGGUUAAGUGAUUUACAAGAUAUCACUAUUAAUUAAAGCUACCAAAGAAAAAAAAAAAAAGUUCCUUUCAGGCGUCAGCCUAAUGGCGAUAAAUAAGUCGAUUUUCCGUGAUACAAAUUUUAUAUAGUUUCCGUCAACAUGGUAGAUCUGUAUAUUAAUGGGAAAAAAACUUCUAAAGAUGUUGUAUUGAACAAUUUGGCACCUGUGGACUUUGUAUUGGUGUAUAUCGGUACAGCAUACUAAAGCAAGGCAGCUGUGUGAUGUAACACAAUCUAGUUCCUCAGUGACAUUAAAAUGUUUCAUGUUUGAUCUUUCUUCAUAACCGUAAUGGUUUUUAAUGGUUUUUGUUCAUUAUUACACUCAUGUGAUGACACUGAUUUGUGAGAAAACAAAAAAAAAAUAUUUGACACGAAAAAAAAAAUCUUGUGGGAUUCAGAAGUGUUUGUUGUGGUUUAACUGCAGAAGGUGAUGCUUUUUGAGUUCUUAGAGACGUCACUGCAUAAUAAUAAUCAGGGCCUUAUCGUUGUUUUAGAUAUUAUAG